UUGAUUUGGAACGGUGUCAUCCGACCCAGCCUUUCCGUUGUCCAGGCGAGAAAACCAUCUGCAUUUCCAUCCAGUACUUGUGUGACGGUGCUCCAGACUGUCCCGAUGGAUAUGAUGAAGACCUCCGGCUAUGCACUGCAGCCAAAAGACCACCAGUAGAAGAGACAGCAAACUUCUUGCAAGCUUUGUUAUCUAACCAUGGCCCCAACUACUUGGAAAAGCUUUUUGGAACUAAAGCUCGUGAUGCUCUCGCUCCAUUAGGAGGCGUGUCAAAAGUAGCUGUAGCUCUGUCAGAGAGUGAAACUCUAGAUGACUUUGGAAAAGCGCUUCAUUUGAUGAGAUCUGAUCUGGAGCAUUUAAGAAACGUUUUCAUGGCGGUGGAAACAGGAGACAUGAGCCUUUUGAAAUCGUUGGGAAUCCGAGAUUCUGAAUUGGCCGAUGUGAAAUUCUUCCUCGACAAGCUCGUUAGCACUGGAUUUAUGGACUAAAUUAUCUCACGAAUUCACAAAAAUCAAAAAAUAAAUUAAAAGAAGAAAAAAACUGACGGUACAGUUGCAUCGAAAUUGAAUGAAAUCUUAACUUCCUUCUUUUGUGUACGAUUAUUUUCACUAUCGUCUGCUGUUAUGUAGCAUUUUCAAUUUACGAUUAAUCGAUAUAUGUAUGGGAGUAAACUGUAAACAAAUAAAUAGAAAAGAAUAAAAUAUUUAAAAUAUUAACUUGUCUAAAAAUUUAUUGUAAUUAAAAUAAUGAAAACUUUUAAAUUUAUUCUUCUUUAUAGUAUUAUUUUUUUUACAUU